UUUCUCUACCAACAUGACUGCCAAGGUUCUAGUGAUGGCUGCCCUUGUGGCUGUCACCCUCGCCCGUCCUGAACCUCCCCCAGUGUACGGUCCACCCCCAUCAUACACUCCCCCAAAACCUGUCUACGGUGCUCCAGCUUAUCCUGAUACUCCUCCUCAGUACAACUCACAGUAUGCCGUAAGAGACGACUACUCCGGCAACGACUUCGGUCACCAAGAGUCUCGCGACGGCUACGACACCAAGGGUACUUAUUACGUCCAGCUUCCCGACGGUCGCCAGCAGAAGGUGACUUACGGAGUGAGCGGCGACUCCGGCUACGUACCUGUAGUGAGCUACGAGGGCGAGGCCAAGUACCCCGCCUACCAGCCCGCCCCCGCCUACAAGCCCGCCCCCGCCUACAAGCCCGCUCCCAGCUACACACCCGCCCCAGCUUAUGCAUAAUUUGACUUAGCAUUAUACUACAUUCUUUAUUUCUGGUAGUAUUUAUUAACCAAAUGACCUGAAUAAAACAAAGAU